UUAUAAUGAAAAAGCUGCACCAACCUCAAUAACACACCCACUCAACGCCGCGCACGCUCACUUACACUUUUUUCCAAUCCAAAAUGUCAAUAACCCAAAACCUCACCAUUUCAAUCUCUUCUUCUUCAUCUUCUUUCUUAUCUCCUUCCAGUUUCAAUUCCAGGAGUCAGGUUUCAUUGCCUGUGAAGAGUGUCAGCAUUUGUAAAUGCGUUGCUACACCCCAAGAAGCUGAAACUGCCUACAAGACAAGGGUCUCUCGCAAUGAAAAUUUGGGUAAACUUCAAGCUGGCUAUCUCUUUCCCGAGAUUGCUAGAAGAAGGUCUGCACACUUGCUGAAGUACCCUGAUGCAAAAAUAAUAAGCCUUGGGAUUGGUGAUACUACUGAACCCAUUCCUGAAGUCAUAACUUCUGCAUUAGCAAAGAAAUCACAUGCAUUGUCAACCUUAGAAGGAUAUAGUGGUUAUGGAGCUGAACAGGGUGAAAAGCCAUUAAGAAGUGCAAUUGCAUCAACAUUUUACCCCGAUCUUGGCAUAGAAGAUGAUGAUAUAUUUGUCUCAGAUGGAGCAAAGUGUGAUAUAUCUCGUCUCCAGAUUGUCUUCGGUUCGAAUGUGAAAAUGGCUGUGCAGGAUCCAUCCUACCCGGCCUAUGUCGACUCGAGUGUAAUUAUGGGCCAGACUGGUCUCUACCAAAAGGAUGUUCAAAAGUUUGCGAACAUUGAAUACAUGAGGUGUAAUCCAGAAAAUGGUUUCUUUCCUGAUUUGUCCUCGCUUUCUCGGCCAGAUAUUAUUUUCUUCUGUUCUCCAAACAAUCCUACUGGUGCUGCAGCAACAAGGGAGCAACUGGUCCAACUAGUUCAGUUUGCUAAGGACAAUGGAUCUAUAAUAGUAUAUGAUUCAGCAUAUGCUAUGUAUAUUUCUGGCGACAACCCACGCUCCAUCUUUGAAAUUCCCGGAGCCAAAGAGGUUGCCAUUGAAACUUCAUCAUUUAGCAAGUAUGCUGGGUUCACUGGAGUUCGACUGGGUUGGACUGUGAUUCCAAAGCAGUUACUGUUUUCUGAUGGAUUUCCCGUGGCCAAGGACUUCAACCGUAUUGUAUGUACUUGUUUCAAUGGUGCAUCAAAUAUUUCCCAGGCUGGUGGUCUCGCCUGCCUUUCACCAGAAGGCCUUAAGGCUAUGCGCGGGGUUAUUGGAUUCUACAAAGAAAAUACUAACAUAAUAGUGGAUACAUUUGAUUCUCUCGGGUUUAAAGUGUAUGGGGGGAAAAGUGCACCAUACGUGUGGGUCCACUUCCCAGGCCAAAAUUCAUGGGAUGUAUUCAGUGAGAUUCUUGAGAAGACACAUGUGGUUACAACACCUGGGAGUGGUUUUGGACCUGGUGGUGAAGGUUUUGUCAGGGUCAGUGCCUUUGGUCACAGGGAAAAUGUCUUGGAGGCCUGCAGAAGAUUCAAGCAGCUAUACAAGUGAUGAAUUAGAAUAUCUCAAUUGGUUUCAAGCUGUAUUAUUGUGGACUGAUGCUGAAUGAGCUUUGUACGACCGGUGGUGGUGCUGUGUUUUGAAUAAUUUUCCUUAGAAUUAAAUUUUAGACUAUGUUGUAGAGACUGAUUAGCGGCGUUCAUUUACUAUCGUACCAUUUUCAUUUUUAUCCUUGUAUCGUGCACCUGGAAUCUGAUGCAACACAUCUUCGAUGAUGUUUAAUGCCUUGUAUGCUUCUAUGGAAAAUGUAGCAAUUCAUGGUGGGUAAAUGAUGUUCCCUUAAAAGGCUUGCAAGUCUUCCUCAA